AUGGGGUUGUCGUUUUCCAAGUUGUUUUCGAGUCUCCUCGGUAACAAGGAGAUGCGUAUCUUGAUGGUGGGUCUUGACGCUGCGGGUAAGACCACCAUUCUUUACAAGUUGAAGUUGGGGGAGAUUGUCACCACCAUCCCCACCAUCGGGUUCAAUGUCGAAACCGUCGAAUACAAGAACAUUUCCUUCACCGUGUGGGACGUCGGUGGGCAGGACAAGAUCAGACCGUUGUGGAGAUACUACUUCCAAAACACCCAAGGGAUCAUUUUCGUCGUCGACUCCAACGACAGAGAACGUAUCGCCGAGGCCAGAGAAGAAUUGCAGCAAAUGUUGAACGAAGACGAAUUGAGAGAUGCGUUGUUGUUGGUGUUCGCCAACAAGCAGGAUUUGCCCAACGCCAUGAACGCGGCGGAAAUCACCGAAAAGUUGGGGUUGCACUCCAUCCGCCAACGGCCUUGGUACAUCCAAGCCACCUGUGCCACCACCGGGGAUGGUUUGUACGAAGGUUUGGAAUGGUUGUCCACCAACUUGAAGAACUCGAGCUAG